AAUUCGUGCUGUGUCACAAACAAUAUGGUUCAAGCUUUACAAAAACGUCCGUCAGGUCCUCUUCUCUAAUAUUCACUCGAGGCUCAGGCUCAGCGGCUGUGCGGGCGGCGUCGUUGAGCAUCGGUAGAAUAUCAAGCCUGCAAAGGGGUUCAGAAUGCAUACCUCAUCCAUAACUUGUUUUGGGGGUAUGAUGUGAUGAUGUUCUCAUUUGGAUUACUUAUGUGGCAUCAUUACAUUGACAGUGUGUAGUACUUUCACCUCGAUUCGAUUGAAUGCACAGCCCUCGCAAUGAUGUAGCUUUUCCGAGAGGCUGCGACCGACGCCCUACCCGAAAAUAUGCUGCGAGAUGCCCGCUGAUGGGUUAUUUGCGGUGCAAAAGGGUCUCUGAUGCCAUUCGAUCUUCGCCUUUCCCGAUGAACUGCUCUUCUUUCUCUUCUUCGACUUUCACUCGUGAAUUCCCUGGAGGACGAGUCUAGUUCGUGCUCUUCUCCUUGCUCCAGUUGACAGCUUUGCGUACGCCCACCGCAAGGUAUAUGGCCACGAUUCGCCGUAGAGAAGAGACGCCGAACGUAUGUCCGCCUCUCGUGCGCCUGUAUCUGGCUCGCCCAUCGCUCACGACAUCCCCUGAAGACAUCAUCCUCACUCUCUUCUAUAUCCGUCGAGGCAGUUCUACUAUGUCUUGUAGUCGUGUUCCUCACCGCCAUCUUCGUCUCAUGCAUAGUUGUGCCCCUAUACCGACGCCGUGUGGCCCGUCGCACCACGCCCUCUCUCAGAUCCAGCACCGACGAAGAAGAAGAUGCGGAAGCACAACAAUCUCUCCUUUACCCCACAGCCGAGUCUGAGAAACCGAAAGCCGUCUCUUGGUGGCUAUCCCUCAAGCGCUCUGUGGGAAAGGUGUUGGGUAGGGGUCUGAGGCGUAAUCCGAGUAGACCUGUAGCUGUUAUGCGGGUUCCUAUGCCUCGACGUAUAAGCACACCUUCACCCAGCGACUCUUACAGACCAUCUACCGAGCCUCCGAGGAGCCGUCGGUCCACCUCAUCGCGCCGCGGUUUAAGUAUUCCUUCACCGCAUUCGCCUCCCUCCUCUACUCUUCCACCGAUUCCAACAUCGCCUCAGUCGCCAACAGAAUCCCUAGACGCUGCCGUUCGCCUCGUUACCAACACCGAUCCCGUCAUCUCCUUUUCUCAAUACACCCGUCCUUCGUUUGACAAUACGCGCGGGAUCCUGGUCAGGAAUCACCUACCAACCCUCCCACCGCUCGAGACGCUACUAGAAUUGCCCAUGGAGGAGAAAGAGUCGUCAACUGCCUCUCGACCUGCAAGCAAUCGGAAGCGAACUGAUGACUCUGCACUGGCACUCUCCUGUGUGAGUGUCCCAUCCAAUCUUGAGUUGGCACCAAACACGCACGAUGAUCAGGUUGUCCAGCCAAUUGAACGGUCACCCUCUGCUCGGUCCUCGACUUCUUCUGGAAUCUUUCCUCCUUCCCCCAUCAUCGGUUUCUCCCGCAUGUCACUGGCAAAAUUGAACACUUCCGGUAUCAGACUUUCUGCUACCAACUCUGGUUCUCCACAUACCCCUCGGUCGACCGGCUCACGGAUUAUCUCAUCCGUCCCGAUGAAACGCAAGCAAUCCACACUCUCACUUUCUACGCCCUCUAGUCAGGGAAAGACGCCAACUCCAGCAGACGUUACGAUGCCGCUCGUUUCAGCUUCGAUCGCGAAUACCGCGCAGGUUCCGACCAUUCCUCCGCCACCGACAAUAAAUGCCCAAUGUCCGUCUUCUCCGCAAUCGAAUAUGAUACCCUCACCGACUCUCCCCUUAACGACUGCUUUCAAUCCCUCGUCACCACGGCGCUCCGGCACCCCAUCAAGCACAUCGACAAUGCAGAUCCAGCGUUGGCCUACCGUUAGCACAGUGAUCAUGGGUUCCAAGGAUAGUCUCCCAAGCAGCACAUCUGAAAGAGAUGGUCAGGCCGGCCUCGAUGCACCCAGUGAUGCUCGAGUCGCUCGUGCACGUACGAUGAGCGAGGGAAACAAUCACGCCCCUUCCGAUAUCCCUCAUACUUUAAGACCCGGUCGAGCUCGUACCUUCCAAGCUAGCGCUUCCCAUAUGCUAAUGCCAAAUAUCACCGAAGUGGACACGCCUUCAUCAGGGGAACUUGUAACAUCGGCCCCUCGCUCCACACACGCUUCAGCUACCAGUGUGAUCCUCCGGUCUAUGUCUGUGUCCGGACUCGAUUCGCUCCAGGCUAUCACUCGCGACGAUGAUGAGGAGGCCGUAGUCAUGAAGGCGGUGCCCGCCUCUCUACAACCGGUACGCUCGCUACCCAUCCCGCCGAUCCAGACAGAGCCGCCAUCAACAUCAGGCGCACACGCAGCGUCGCCCAGCAUGGAGCCGGAAUCACACAGAUCCGAAGGCGAUCCGGACGCUCUGAACAUUCAUAGCUCAUCAGCAGCGACUAUCAUGCCUCCACGCCGAAACUCAUCCAGAGCUUUCUCGCCCCGGCCGUUACCCACGCCGCCGACUACAAUAGUGCCCUCCGUCCCGCCACAGCCUUCGACGUCGUCGAUGUUCCAUUCCUCAUCUGAUUUGACGGCUCGUACCCCUCCACCAUCUGAGCUAUCAAAAUAUCCUCCAUCACUGCCGCACAGGCAGUCACCAUCGAUGGACACUCUUGGGAGACCACGGCUGCAUUCUAAUACACGCUUGUCCUCGGGUUACACGGUACAAGAAGUACAUGAUAACCUUGCGCCAGCGCACGCAGCCUCCCUCGAUAUCACUACUUCCCUCAGCGUGCCUCCUACAGAGAAAGACAUCGUUCCAUCUCCAUCAGAGAUGACCGCUGGACCGAGUACGAUGACUACUAGUCCCGCCACAUCUUCUGCAGAAAUUACUGCCAGACCGGCCUCGCCUAUGACGGCGUGGAGAACCCGUUUGGAGCGGACCGACUCGAAUGGUAGACAUGCUGAAGUGGCCCGGAGAGGUACACGCUCGCAGGACGUUACCAAUAGCCAAUUCACAUGGGGCGAUGACGGUACUUUCGGUCGACCACGAGGGUCCGUCGACAGCACCUCCAGUGCACCAGGACGUUCCGCCUCCAACUCUACACCGUCCUCUCAAAGAACAGAACCUACGUCCCUCAGACCUGGCCCUCUCAAUCGCUCACACUCCACAUCCUCCACCAGAUUCGUUAAACGCCGUCAAUCACCAGCUCUCCAACCAUUACCCGCCGCUCUCGUACUUUCAUCACUCGCCACACCGUCACAUUCACGAUCCCCUUCAUUGACGGGAAGCUCGAAAGCGCCGGAGCGGGAAGCAGUGUUAGAGAUUCGGAAACCACCCAAUUCGGCGCCUGUUGUUAGUUCACCUCCGACAGUGGCUUCCGUGCCUCCAUCAUUGCUUGCUGGACCGGCUUCGAGACGUUCGUCCGCCAUUCGCUUCAGUGUUGGCAGCGGUAGCGGUGGCGUUCGUGGAGAAUCUGUCAACUUGAAGGGCAGCGGUCAGCUGCCGAAUGGGCUGCCACCGUUGGAGUUCACGAGCUGGAAUCCGGAGGAAUUGCUUGGAUCACUUUCUUGAUGAAAGGAUGCGACGUUAUCUUUAUUACCUUUCACCUUCCGUUUCUUCUCUUUGUCGGACUCCGUUACCUCGUUCUCCCCGCUUUACCUAGUAAGUAUACAUACGCACUUUGAUUUCGGACACUAGCCAAAUUGCUGUUCGUUGGAUAUCUGUACAAUAUAUCGCAUAGUACAUUGUCUUGUGUUUUUGCUCGCAUUUUGCAUUGUAAUUUAUCGUUUCGCUCUCUCUUGGCACCUUCUUUGCAUCUUCUUAACCUCUGUGGAAAGCGCAGUUUCGAAAGGUCGACGAGUCAGUCAUA